AUGAACAUAGUAUGCUACCUCAUAUUUGUAUGCGGGACGCUGCAGCGUGGCGAGAACAACUACCCGUACUGGCUGGCCGAUGAGGCCGAGGCCGUCUUCGUGGCCCGUGCUCGCACCGUUAGCCGUUACCCCUUCUUCGUGAACCUUCUCCCCGACCACCCCGAGUGCUUGCCAUGUGUGCUGGACCUCCCUGACUGUAACGUGCCGGGAUGCGCGCAGGUCGAGGGUGAAGUCUUUUCCGUCUCGGCGAAGAUGAAGGCGUGGCUUGAUGUACUGGAGGACAUCUCCGGCGGGACGCACGUGUCUGUGCCCACGCUGGUGGAGGUGUGCGAGGCACCGAGCGCGUCAUUUCGGGCCCGCGGCGGAACCACCGCGGCGUCCCUCACGUGGCCAGCGGCGGUGGACGGGGAGGCGGUGACCGUGGAGGCUGCCUUGUACUUCCGCGCCAAGGGGUACCCGGACGACUGGUCAUCACCGACUCCCCGCAGCAGCUCCCGCCUUAUUUCAAAGUUCUCAGCUUCCAGCAUGUUGCGCCUUUAUGGCGACCGCUUCAACGGGGGCGUACCGGCGCAUCUCAGGGAGGACGGGAAUUGGGCCAAGGCAACGGCCAUGCAGACGGAGCUGAAUGCGCUGCCUGAGGCGCACUGGCCGCCGUCUACCAUUGCCUACCACGCUGCCGCCGCGAAGGCCCGCGUGGCUCAGCCGGCUGAGGGGGACACGAGUACCACCCCGCCGCCCAUUCCGUGCUACGGCGCCCCACUUUUUCCCAAACCGAUGAUUCUCUUCAUCAUCGACGGUAUCGGCGACAAUACGUACUGUGAGCUCGGCGGGCGCACACCGCUGGAGGUGGUGGCGGGGGUGCCGGCUGUGUCGCAGUGUGCGCCUUCUCCUGCCACCAAGGCUCCAACAGCGCAAUCGUUGAGUGUGAUGGAGGGGGUGCUCGCAGACAGUGCCAAUGCUGCGUUGCGCGAGACGCUCAACGAGCAUGUUACCUCUGGCAUCAAUAUUGUGAGCCGGUACGGUGUUAGCGGCCUCAUGGAUCCCUACAUGGCCGGCAAAAGCUGCGGCAGCGACACGGCCCACCUCAGCAUAUUCGGGUACUCCCCCACCAUGUACUAUCGUGGCCGUGGCGCCUACGAGGCACUCGGGGCGGGGCUGGAGCUGGAGGAGGAAGACGUCGCCUUCAAGUGCAACUUCGCUACCUUCGCAGACCGAACGGAGGAGCUGUAUGACGACGAGGACCCCGCACUGGAGGCGACGGCCUUGUCGUCGACGUCUUUGGCAGACCAGUAUGUUACCCAUCGCCGGUGUGACCGCGACUUCACGGUCGAGGGCCCGGCGCUCUGCAACGACCUCAACGGUACGACGGUGGCUGCUGAUCUGCAUGACAUCCCGUUCGACUACCCCCACACCAUUAAGAUGCAGUACGCUACGGAGCACCGCUGUGGGAUAGCGCUAAGCGGGGCACGGCGAGUCGUGCGCGCGGAUGGGUCGACGGAGUUGCUCGGCAUGCUGUCGGACAAGAUCACCGGUACAGAUCCACUCAUGGACGGGCGACUGCUUCUGCGCUGCAAGCCAACGGUGGGAAAGGGCCACCCCGAGUACGCCGCUGCCGUCUACACGUGCCGCCUUGUGGAGGCUGCCUCAGCUGCCUUGACACGCAGGCUCAAGGUGCACCCGGUGAACGAAGCUAGGCGCCAACACAACCGCACCGUCGCUGCGAGACUCGCGAAUGAAUCAGCUCUGGGAGGAUCAGAGACCAUGGCGCGCAAGAACUUGGCCAAUCUCCUCCUGUUCCGCGGCGCUGCCAAGAAGGGGUGGGUGCCGACGUUCGCGGUGCGCCACGGCCUUCACGGACUGAUCCUAGCCCCGACCUGCAUUAUCAAAGGUCUGGGCAUCUGCUGCGGGCUGCGCGGUGAAGUUUGCCGCGCGUGCGACCCCACCGGGCAAGAGUCUCUCCGUGGCGCCACAGGUGACUAUCAAUCGGAUCUCAUGGUCAAGGUGAGGGCCGCGCUGCACGCGCUGCGAAUCGAGUGCCCGUCAUCGCACGAGGCCGCGGUGACUGCUGCUGUGCAGUCGAAGGCUACGACACCGCAACAGGCGGGACGCAUAAUAGAUCCGCACUACAACUUUGUAGUGGUGCACGUCAAGGGCGUCGACAACGCCGGGCACGACAGGUGUCUGCAGCUCAAGCUGGAGAUGCUUCGGCGGUCUGGGCUGGCAAUGGAGGCGCUGUGGAGGGAGCUGCCUGCGGGGGCUACUAUGGCCGUCAUCGCGGAUCAUUCCACUCCGCUGGGAAUCGGUGACCACUGCUGCGAGCCGGUGCCGGUUUCGGUGGCAGUGAAGCGGACAACCUCUGAGGGUGCGCUGUCCGCGUGCCCUACCGACGGCGUCGAGUACUACAGCGAGGUGAAGGCCGCGUCUGGCGGUUUGGGACGUUUCCGCGGCGAAGAGCUGAUCCCUCUCAUGAAGCGCGUGCACCAUCACUAUCACUACGUCUGA